GAGGGAAAGGGUGAGCAACUCAUUUUCCACUCAACCACAAUUAAAAAAAGACACUAUUAUACCAUUACAACACCCACAAAAUGAAGUAUAUUUCAAUAGAAAAUUUGUAUAAAUGGUAUAGUUUGAACGAGUUAUUGAAUUUAAAGAGCUUCAUUAGCAUCGUGCUUGCCUACUUCAUCCCACUUUUUUUUGGGUUGUUGUUUGGUAUUUUUCGCUUACGACGUAGACGGAUGUGUGAAACUGAUUGCGUUCGCAUAGCACCCUUAAUCCUGUUUUUUUCACUCUUGACUGACGGCGCCAAUUUGAACAAUGAAAAGCUCAUGAACCUCCUUCACCCUACACUGUUAGAAGAGGGAAUAGUGGAGCGUGGCAUUUUGCAAGCUGUCGCCCGGUGUCUGCACGACAAAUUCGGCAAGCUUGUUGGCCUUUCAGAUAUGGCAAUACGUAUAUCGCGUAGUGGAAGGCAAACUAACUGCGAAGGCUUCAUCGACUUUGAGUAUACAAAGCAAGUGUGGUGCAAACUAUCCUGGGUGUGGCGCCCCACCCAUUCAAAGGGACCGAAGAGAAAGCCGCGAGAGGAGCCUGGUGCGACGGGGUCAUCUGUCAAUGGCAUUGACUCAGCCUUUUUGGAUGCGUUUUACGUUACGGCUUUUUACGUAAAUCCGAAAGAAGAAGAUUGCUUAGAUGUGGAAAAGUAUGUUAACCUCGAUAACUUUAAUCCCUUCGCUGAGAGGUUUGUAAAAAGAAUAUUUGAAAAGCCCCCUACCGAAGCUAUGAUGAUGAUGAUGCCAGCCCUUCAAAAGACUCACUUCGAAAACGAUGUGAAUAAGCUGCAGGAAGAGAUACAGCACGUGGUGAGCAACUGUGGUGGCUUGCCACACGAUGGAGAGCUCACAAAUCGGGUGGACGUCACCCUUAUUGAACGAAAAACGAUUACCUCAAUGCCCAAGAUAAGAAAUACUGAGAGUGUUGAGAGGGAUACUUCCGCUAUGGAGGACAGCAUGGCUAUACUUAAGAGUAUUGAAAUUCUUUAUCUAGUUGGUGGCGGCAUGUGCGACAUCGAGGUGUCAGUACGCUUUAACUUUUAUGGUCUCCACUGUGUUGUUACUCAAUACGAAGUCCGACAAAAAAAAAAUAUACCCUCGAAUAAUGUUCUGGAUUGA